AUGACCCACCAUUUUUCUUACCAGAAGAAAAAAUAAAAUAAAAUAAACGCCCACUGACACAGAAAGCUUAGCACAACAAAAUAAAUGUACACUUUUUUUGGACAAAAAUGCCCCUACUUUUCCAAAAUCUUUUGUUAAUAUGGGACCCAACUGUCAUCUCCCCUUCUCCAUAAAUACCUAUCCCUAACACUUCAUUCUUCCCUUUUCUCCUCCUUUCCUCCCUCCGGUUUACUUUGCAAGAAUUAAAGAAGAAAGAGCCGGUCCACUAUGUUCUUUUCUGAAGAAGCUGUCCAGUUUGAGAAACCGGUUUUUGAAGCCGGGCUCACAGCAAGUGACAUUCAGCAAAUCUUAUCUGUACUCGAGUCGCCUACUACAGAUAGUCCAAGCUCCAGUUUAGAGGAGUCGAACUCGAUCUCAAACUCAAAUCGGGUGGUUCACUGCGUUGAUGAGAGAAAGAGAAGGCGAAUGGUAUCAAACCGGGAAUCAGCCCGACGGUCCCGCUGGAGAAAGAAGAGGCAUUUAGAGGACCUUACGGUACGGUUGAACCAGUUAGAAUUCCAGAACCGGGAUCUGAAGAGCCAGUUGGGUUCAGUUCUAGAACAUUGUCGAGUAUUAUGGAGAGAAAAUGACCGGUUAACAACCGAAUAUUUAUCUCUUCAAACCAGACUUUCGGAUCUGUGCCAUGUUUUAGUUACCAUGCAAGCCAUGCAACGCGCAUCAUUAUUAUCAUCAUCAACGUCAACCUUAAUUUGACCUAAAUAUUAAAAAUUUAGACCCAAUAAAGCUCUAAUAAUUACACAAUAAUAUUAGAGCACUCUCUAGAAAUAGGCAGGCCAGUGGAUUACAGUUUGGCUGCUCGUGAAAGUCUUCCCCUCUCCCCUCUUUUUUUCUCUUUUUUAUUUUUUUCUUUUGGGGAUUGAAAGUCUUCUUUUUAAUUUCUUUUUCUGGUUUUUCGACAAAACCCACGUUGCUACGCCAUGUAAAGAUUUGAAGUUUCUGCUAGCGCUUAUGGUCUUGUCUGGGACUCUUCCUUUUGAGAAAAAAAAAAUAGCGCAGGAUGUCUCUCUCUCUCUCUCUCUCUCUCUUUGUUUUCUUUCAAGUCCUUUCUUGUUAUAGCUAAACGUAAAACUUGGCUUAGUGAUAAGAGGUGAAAUAGGUCCAAUGAUCAGCGAUGGAUGUAGUAGAGAGCUGUAGAGCUAACAUUUGUAAGCUUGCUCAGGCAUUAUAUUAUAUAACUAUAACUAUAUAUAUAAACAGUACCCUUCUUUUGGAGGAUUAUUGAUGA